ACAAUUUGGCAUUCGAAAUCUUUUCCACUAAAUUUUAUUAUAAAACCCUACUUGGUAAUCUGCUAAUUUGGUUUGCAGUUGAUGCGCGCGUUAUGUUCUCAGAGAGUGAGCAGGCUCCAACAAGGACUGUUCCAAUAGAGAACCAGAUGACCGAUGUGAAUUGGACGGCUUAUGACGCUUUUCGACGAGAUCUGGCCAAGGUGCACAAAACUUUUAGUUGCUGCACUCAAACUGAUUUUACCGAGGAGGCAGGUACCUUGACAGAUCUAACACUGGGCUGCAAAUUUGUGGGUAAAAGGCCACCCAAAAUACCCUUUAAGAAGAUACGUAGAAAGUCAUAACAUGGCCGGGACAGACCA